AUGGACAAGAUUUGUGAAUUUAAACAAUACAAUUCUACAUAUACAAUUAUAAAUGUUGAAACUGAUACUAACAUAACUGGAAUUAACCAUUUAGAAAAUACCAUGCUGGGUAAUUCUACUGCCAUUCAACGUCCAAAAGAUCAAGCUUCCACUAAUGGAGCUCAAAGAAGUACUGGAAAAAGAAUAUCCACUCCAGCGAUGGAACACAAUUCAAGCCAUCCACAUAGUGUUUCAAAUUUGGAUUCAGAUCAUUUAACACUCUGGCAACAUCCAAUUACAACUUUACAUUAUUUCUUUAGUGAAGCAAUUAUUAAUGUGCUUAGUUUAAUGAAGAAAACGUUACUCUACAAACGGACUGUAUGCGCUAUGAUUUCAAUUAUAAUAUUAUUUCUUCUAUCAAGCAGAAUUUCUGGUCCCCAACAAGAGAUUUUUAAAUUGUGGGAAGCCAAAAUUAUAUGGUGGUUAUAUUGGGUAGGAUUAGGUGUAUUAUCAAGUGUAGGUCUCGGGACAGGUUUGCAUACCUUUGUAUUAUACUUAGGACCACACAUAGCAGCUGUUACUAUGGCAGCAUAUGAAUGCGGUGCUCUGAACUUUCCUGAACCACCAUAUCCUGAUCAAAUUAUAUGCCCGACAAAGAUUGAUCCAAUGUGGACAGUAGGUAUAUUAAAUAUCAUGAAAAAAGUACGUGUAGAGGCCAUGUUGUGGGGAGCUGGUACUGCACUUGGCGAGUUACCGCCAUAUUUUAUGGCCAGAGCUGCAAGAAUGAGUGGAAAGAAUAAUAAGAAUGAAAAUUUCGAUCAAGAAGAUCUAAAAGAAUUGGAGGCUUUGGAAGCGUUAGAAAAUGGAGAGAACGUAUCGUUUAUAAUGCGUAUCAAAUUAAAUAUGAAGCGAUUUGUUGAAAAAGCUGGAUUUUUGGGCAUAUUAGCUUGUGCAUCGAUUCCAAAUCCAUUGUUUGACCUGGCUGGUUUGACAUGUGGACAUUAUCUCAUUCCAUUUUGGACAUUCUUUGGCGCAACCCUUAUAGGAAAGGCUGUUAUUAAAAUGCACAUACAGCAAUUAGCAGUGAUCAUAGCCUUCAAUGAAGAACUCUUAGAUAAAUUUAUUAGCUUAUUAGCAAUCGUACCAUUUGUUGGUACAAAAUUCCAAGAACCAUUAAAAAAAUAUUUCAUUGCACAGAAACAAAAGCUACAUGAUAAAUCAUCUAUGGAAGGAGCGACUACAAUAUCAUGGUUGUUUGACAAAUUUGUAGCGUUAAUGAUUUGUUAUUUCUUGGUGACAAUUGUUCAUGCAUUAGCACGAAAUCAUCAUCGUAGACGAACUAAGCCCGCUAUUGAUUAAAACUUAUAAAAGAUGUAGGAUAGCUAGACAUAUGAAAUUAGUUCCACUCUGCAACAUAUUUAUAUAUAGAUAAAUAUAAUGCCCCUUUUUAACAAAAUAAGAAAAAUAAGAGAAUGCAAGAAAUGUGUCAAAAUUUCACAUAAUUUCAGUGUUGAAGAAUCGUUUUGUACACGACAGUGCAACAUUAAGCAACUUUAUUCUCUUUUCUGAAUAUACGUUCAUAUUGUUACAAUACUUUGUAAAACUAUCUGUUGUAUGAAUAUCCUGUUAUAUAGACGUGCGGGUGCGCUCGUGUAUAAGUGUGUGUGCGUGUGUGUAUAUAAACACCGAAUCUUUUAUAAACAAGAUUUAUGUACAGUGCAUGAAACAAAUAUCUAAUGAUAUUCUGCAACUUUCUUGCACAAUCAAUUGAUAUUCAAGCUUCUGCGCAAUACAUCGAUAGCACGGAUUGAAUUAAGACAUUGCGAGUGAUACAAAAAUAUUGUAAUCAAUAAACUAGUAUAGCCAAAUAAGUUUUGUAUACGCGUUUUAAGCACACAUAAGAGUGACAAAUCUUGAAUUAUCAACCCAUUUUUCGCAUUAAUAAAAGAAUAUGUAAUAAAUGACUGAUACACG